AUGUCACUUGGGUAUUUUUCUUCACAGCACCCAGAGAAGGACCGCCGGAACGUCGCCAAAGGAGUCAAACCUCUCAACUAUGGACCGUUUAGUUCAUAUGCGCCUUCAUACGACGGAACCUUCGCCACGCUCACUAAAGAGGAAUCCCAUCUUCUGUAUCACACGUUGCCUGCUGAAACAGGGCAAGGUAACGAGGAGAUGCUCCGCUUCGCCCCCGACUCCCCCUGGGCGCUGAUCUACGACAUGGAAACUCUCUUCCCUGACAAGAAACAACAGCAGGAACAAACACCGGCCAAGGAAGACAACGUGAAGGUGGAUAUUGAUCAGCUACGCAGUCUAUCGGAGCUGGGUAUCGACGUGGAAUAUCUGAACGAGAUUGGAGGAGGACAUCGCGGCCUCGCAGCACGACUACGGCAUCGGGCCCGCGCUCAAGCACACGCACGAGCUGCUCUCCAAGCUGGAGAAGGACAGAGAGCCCGGGUUUGUCGCCCGCCGCCGCCGUGGCACCUGUCGCUGUGGGGCGCGCCCCCGGGGCGCGGCGGACGCGAGCGGGCGGGGCCUGGCGGCGCGGGGCCCUGGCGGCAUGCUCGCGCGCGGGCCCCCCCGACACGUCGCGCCGUGCACGCCCUUUCCCGGCCCAUGGGCGUCACCUCACCCCCCUGGGUUUAG